AUGGAGGCUCCAUAUGACGGCACUGAAGUAACUGUGGUAAUGGAGGAAAUAGAGGGCACUUACACUUACGCGUCACCAGUGCCGUCUAAGAAGAAAAAGAAAUAUAAAAGUACUGGUGAUCAUGGAGAAAAAGCUAAAAAGCCUAGAUCUGCUUACCUCCUCUACUAUUAUGACAUUUACUUGAAAGUACAGCAAGAGCUCCCUCACCUCCCUCAAUCUGAAAUCAACAAAAAGAUAAGCGAGAGCUGGAGGUUGCUCAGUGUGGCUGAAAAAAGCUAUUACUUGGAGAAAGCCAAGCUAGAGAAAGAGGGAUUGGACCCGAACUCCAAGGUGUCUACUCGAACAACAGUAGUUCCAGACAUUCCGGGUUUCCGUAAGAUUCUUCCACGCUCAGAUUAUAUAAUUAUUCCCAAAACCACUCUUCAGGAGGACAGGAGCAGGCAGUCGCUUGAAUUGUGUGUGACGCAGGGUCGGGCACCGUCUGAAGGUUUAACGGCUUCCACUAAUAUCACAAAUGUCUCCCGUGAUGCUGUGCAGAACAUCCUUUCUGUGGACUCGAGCCAUGUUGGCAUUUCUGAGCAAUGCAUUGCCAUUGAAGGACUGGCAGAAGAGACUGCUUCCUUUGGUCAGCCAGAUGCUGUGGAAGAAGUGGUUGCAUCAGAGGUUCUUUCUCACUAUGUUGGGCCUGUGACAGAGAAAGUGGCUGGAGAUAUCCUCUUGGAUGAGGCUGCUUUGGAAAUAGAAGGGCAACCGUAUCAGACAGCUCAGGUAGUUAUUGAAGAGACUCUAGUUAGCAGCUCCACAGACAUCUCCAAUGGGAGCAUUGCUGUGGCCCGUCCUCAGGUUUCGGAUGGUGUGUCUGUGGUGACCGUGGUGACUGGGAGGGAUGCUGAAGAGAGUAGCUCCUCCGCACCUGCUACACAGUUUAUUAUGUUACCCUUGCCAGCUCAUUCUGUUGUGGACAACCCAGCAUCAAUUAAAUUGACAACCACCUACACUCGCAGGGGACAUGGAAAUUGCACCAAUCCUGGCUGUUCCUUCACUUACGUCACCAGGCAUAAGCCACCAAAAUGCCCAACGUGUGGGAACUUCCUGGGAGGGAAAUGGAUCCCAAAGGAAAAGCAACCAAAAAGCAAAUCUGAGCCAAAUUCAGGCACCCCUCUUAAACCUCCGGCAGCUAAAAGAGGUCAACAGUCAGUAUUCACAGAACCAGCAGCUGUUAGCGAGAGUACCUCCAAGUCUGCCUUGGAAAGCUCUGAAGCUGUCAGCCAGCUGCUGAAUGCUGUGCCUGUUGGAGGGCAAACGCAGGAGACAGAGUGGGAGGAAGUGAUCGUCUCUGAGGCUCAUGUUCUUGCGAACGAUGUGCUUGCUGAAGACAGAGGGAGUGCUGUUGGAGUGAUGCUGGGUCAAGAGAGCAAACGGCAAGGAGACUCUUCUUCAGAGCAGGCAGAGAAAGAUAGCGUAGGGCUGGGGAUGCCACCAUCCUCUGAGGUGCCGAGUCCAAAUGCCUCUGCAAAAAAGCCAAUGGGAAUUGAUGCUCCAGCUGCUACACACAAAGGACAAGAUGUAAAGGCUAAAUCAAGACCUAAGCCCUCUUUGCUGGCAGCAGCAAGACCCAUGCGAGCCAUUCUGCCUGCACCAGCCAGUGUGGGGAGAGAAGCCAGCACUGAGCAGCCUAGCAACAGACAGGCCUUUGCAAAUACCGACAAGCAUUCCCCUGUGAGAACAUCAGGCCUGAAGCCCAGUACACUGAAACAAUUGGGCCAGUCAAUUCUGCAGCCACCGAGUGCUGAGGAGCGAAAGCUCCACAGUGCUUUGACCAGCAGGGCAUCUCAGGUUAAAGUAGUGGAGGUCAAACCAGACAUAUUCCCUUCCUACAAGUACAGCUGCACCGUAACUUUGGAUUUAGGAUUGGCAACAUCACGUGGCAGAGGGAAAUGCAAGAACCCCUCUUGUAGUUACGUGUAUACAAACAGGCACAAACCACGAAUCUGUCCAAGCUGCGGAUACAAUCUUGCCAAAGACAGAGCUGAGAAAACAGCAAAAUCCCUGGAGGUCAGUCCAGGUCAGUCUGUGUUGAACACCAAUGAGCCCCUAACGCCAUCCCAGAAAGAGAUCCAACGUCAAUCCACCCUGCAGUUGCUGCGCAAGGUAAUGCAGAUCCCAGAGAAUGAAUCAGAACUGGCUGAGGUCUUCACGCUCAUCCAUGAACUCAACAGCUCACGGCUCAUCCUGUCCAACGUGAGUGAGGAGACAGUCACCAUAGAACAGACCUCCUGGUCAAACUACUAUGAGUCUCCAUCUACGCAGUGCCUCCUCUGUAACAGCCCAUUGUUCAAAGGGGGACAGAAUUCCCUUGCUGGUCCUCAGGAGUGCUGGCUGCUGACCGCUAAUAGAUUACAGGUGGUUACAGCUCAGGUCAAAGUGUGCUUGAACCUACAGUGUCUGGCCCUCCAUAGCUUCACUGAUAUUUACACAGGCCUUUUCAAUGUGGGUAACAAGUUGCUGGUGAGCUUGGAUCUUCUGUUUGCAAUCCGAAACCACAUUAAACUUGGAGAGGAUCCCAGAGUGGCUGUUGGCAAUAUUCUCGACUCUGUUCAGGAGCAAACUGGAAAAAGCCUGAGCCCUGAUGAGCAGGUUCAGCUCCAGGAACUGCUGAGCAAUGGCUACUGGGCCUUUGAAUGCCUAACAGUCCGGGAUUACAAUGAUAUGAUCUGUGGAAUCUGUGGCAUAACCCCCAAGGUGGAAAUAGCCCAGAGGAAUGUGGAAAAUGUCCUGGCACUGAAAAAUACAGAGUUUACUUGGCCAGAAUUCUUGCCGUCAAGUGAAGUGAAUGUUGAAGAUUUCUGGUCCACGAUGGAGACAGAGGUGAUUGAGCAGGUGGCUUUUCCUUCUAACAUCCCCAUCACAAAGUUUGAUGCCUCUAUUGUUGCUCCUUUCUUCCCUCCACUGAUGAGAGGAGCGAUGGUGAUCAAUACUGAGAAGGACAAGAACCUGGAUGCACAGCCAGUGCCAGGUAAUGGGAGUGCCUUGGUGAGGCUCCUUCAGGAAGAAAACUUCAGGCUUGAGCUGAUAAGCUCUUACAAUGAGGAAGAGCUGCAGAGAUUUCUGACACAGUGUGGCAUCCCCUGGGAGGCUUCAGACACAAAGGACCAACUCUGCUACUCCCUCCUGGCUCUCUAUGAGUUUGUACAGAAUGGGAUAAGCAUCACACAAGCUUCUGCUCAUCACACAGGGGGGAAAAUCUACAAAGUGUGUCCACAUCAGGUUGUGUGUGGCUCAAAGUACAUAGUAAGAGGAGAAAAUGCCCGGGAUCACGUGGACUUGUUGGUUUCCUCACGACACUGGCCUCCAGUGUACGUUGUUGAUACAGCCUCUUCAGUGGCACUGUGUGCAGACGUCUGCUGUCCUGGCCUGACUUCCCAGAUGUGGGGGAGAAACCAGGGCUGCUUCUCUGACCCCAUGGAUCCUCCAACGUAUGUGUCCUGCCCUGAACUGCUAGACCAGCACUACAGCGUAGACGUGACUGUGGCUGAGCACUCUGUUCAGCACCCAAUCACCAAGUCGUCGGCACGCCGAAUUGUUCACACGGGUUCAGAGCAGAACAGCCACCGAGAUCCAACGGCUCGGCAUCACUGCAUCUCCCUGUGCCGAGAGCUGGAGCCUUACAGCGCCAUCAUCGCUGCCAUCAAUGACAGCAAAACUAGCAACAUCCGCCAAAGGCCCAUCACCUUUGAGAACGCCACGCACUAUUACCUCUACAACCGCCUCAUGGACUUCCUCACCAGCAGGGAAAUUGUGAAUCGGCAGAUCCAGGAGAUCGUACAGAGCUGCCAGCCUGGGGAGGUGGUAAUUCGCGAUGCUCUCUACCGGCUUGGCGUGGCCCAGAUUAAAACAGAAACAGAAGAGGAUGAAGAGGCGAAGCAGGAGGAUGAUAGAGGCUGCUGA